CCUAUAAACCAAAGCCAAGCCAUCGACCCGAUCGACCGAACGCACAAUCAUAAUAAUACCACACACACAGAAGCAAGAAGCUGCAAAAAGCAAGAAGAAAAGGCAAAAAAAAAAAGACAACUUUUUCAACCUUCUGAUUCUAUGGAAGUCACCCGGAAAAUGUUGAACUUGAAGGAGACUGAGCUCUGCCUCGGCUUGCCCGGUGGCCGCGGGGGAGAUCAGCCCUCUGAGAUGACCGGUCUCAGAGCUGCCGCCAAGCGGGGCUUCUCCGAGACCGUCGAUCUCAAACUUAACAUUCAGAGCAAGGACGACGCUGCAGCGGUGGAUCUCAACGAGAACGUCAAGAACAUUCCGUCUAACGGCGACGGUCAAAAGAGUCUCAAGGAUCCUGCUAAACCACCUGCCAAGGCACAGGUGGUAGGGUGGCCGCCAGUGCGAUCCUACCGGAAGAACGUUAUGGCGCAAAAGAACACGAGCGGUGAAGGAGCGGAGAAAGGAAAUGGCGGGAGCGCCACCGCAUCGGCCGCCGCAUUUGUGAAGGUUAGCAUGGACGGAGCUCCAUAUCUUAGGAAGGUGGACCUGAAAAUGUACAAGAGCUACCAAGAGCUUUCUGAUGCCUUGGCCAAGAUGUUCAGCUCCUUCACUAUGGGUGAAUACGGGACUGAAGGAAUGAUAGACUUCAUGAAUGAAAGAAAGUUGAUGGAUCUUCUCAAUAGCUCUGAGUUUGUGCCAACUUAUGAAGACAAAGAUGGCGAUUGGAUGCUAGUCGGCGAUGUCCCUUGGGAGAUGUUUGUGGAUUCAUGCAAGCGUUUGAGAAUCAUGAAAGGAUCCGAAGCAAUUGGGCUUGCCCCAAGAGCCAUGGAGAAAUGCAAAAGCAGAAGCUGAAAUGAGAGAAAUGGAUGGAGAAAAGAAGAAGAAUGGUUCCAGCUUGGGAACGUGCAUGUUCUGUGUAUUUUUUUUUUAAUUUUAAUGUUUUUUUUAUUUCUUUUCUUUUUUUGAAUUAUUAGUAUAUAAAGAAAAUAUCAAAAGAUCUGUUGUUGGGGACAAUAUUUGUAAUAGAAGAGACAUGAAAAGCUGUAAACUUCCACCUACUGUCUGGUUGGGUUUGUUUGUUUAAUUAGUACUAUUACCACUAAUUAAUUUUAUAAAAAAAA